CACCCCGGCGUCCCUGGAAGCUGGGAGCCCGGGUGGUGCUGGGGAAGCUGCGCAGAGCCGCGAGCUAGCGCCCAGAGCCUCCUGGGGUGGGGGACAGAUUCUGGGAUUGGCAGGAGAUGGAUGAGGACAGUUAGGGGAUCCUUCCCCACAACUCCGUGGCUCACAGUGAGGGUCAGGCCUGGUGGCAUGCACAUCUCAUCAGGUUUCAUCUGAUCUGUCGGCGUUCGAGCCCAAACCAAUCAUGGCCGGAAGACCCAUCCGCAUAGGAGACCAGCUGGUUCUGGAGGAAGAUUAUGAUGAGACCUACAUCCCCAGUGAGCAAGAAAUUCUUGAAUUUGCCAGAGAGAUUGGUAUUGAUCCUAUAGAAGAACCAGAGCUGUUGUGGCUGGCACGGGAGGGCAUUGUGGCCCCACUGCCUGUGGAGUGGAAACCAUGCCAGGACAUCACAGGUGAUAUUUACUAUUUCAACUUUGCCAACGGGCAGUCCAUGUGGGACCAUCCCUGUGAUGAGCACUAUCGGAACUUGGUGAUCCAAGAGCGGGGGAAGCUGUCAACUCCUGGGGCCAUUAAGAAGAAAGAAAAGAAAAAGAAAAAGGAAAAGAAAGACAAGAAGGACAAAGAGACCUCCAAAAUUCCCCUGGAAACACAGCCUGAGCAGGGACUUCUGCCUUCUUCCUCCUUUCUCCGUGGCCCAUCCCCUCUCUCAGCACCUGGGCUGGCUAAUCUGGACCUAGACCAAGAGAUGCAGGCUAGAAGUGGGGGCUCCUUUAAGAAAGGGAAGAGCCCACGUAUGCUGGCUGACACCCCUAGGUCUCUCACGGGCUCCCUGCCCAGCAAGCUACAGCCACUCUUCAAGGGCCAAGCUUCCCGAACCCACCAGAUCUUUGCCGACGUGGAGGAAAUCUUAGGCAGGGCCCCAGCCCACUGCAGGACAGAAUUAGGUGAUCAGCAGGGUCUGGAGAAACCCCAGCAGGCGACAGAGAAAAUCCACCUGGGGUUUUCAGACCCUGAAAUAGAAGAGCUGGAAAUGAGGACCAGACAGCAGAAACCUGGCGCUUUGGGCCCUGACCACAGCAGGCCCUUCCGGAAUGGGCAGGAUGCGUUAGAGAGCAGGAGCCAGGCCUUGGUCCACUCGAAGUUUUCGGAAGCCCUCGAGGGCCUGCAGCUGAAAGGGGAGCAGCACAGCCAUAACAUGGCCAAGCGGAGCUCCACUGGCCCCGGGGGGGACAAGGGCCAGAGCCCCAUUCCCUCGCCGUCCCCUGAGGAGGAUCCCUCCCUGUCCCUUUGUUCUUCUGACCCUAUGCUGCCUGCCAGGAAGAGCAAGCCGUUCUUGUUAAUCAGCAGCCCAGCCGAAGACCAGAGCUGGCAGGGCGUCUCUGGGGAAGGGGGCAGCAUGGGCAGGGGCAGGAGGAGGAGAGAGCCCCCGGGAUUGUGGAUGGGGCAGGUCUCCAAGCUUGUCCACAAGGACGCCCGUUUGGGCAGCAAGAAAAUAGAGCCCGAAGACCCUGAGGCUCCAGGGGCCUCAGCCAAAGGUCCACCUCAGGGGCUCUUGCUAAUACCCCCUGAUACCCUGCUCUCAGAACCAGCCCAGAGCGCCCCUGCAGUCCCCUCGCAGGCCCCUCGAGGGUCUCCUGCCAGUGAGAAGACACCACCCCCAGGCUCUCUGGAGCCCCCCGAAGAAGACAGGAGGCUGGGCAGGUUUGGGCCUGACUUGGAGAGCAGCAGCAGCAGCCUGGCUUCUCACCUUGGCUCUGAGGUCCUGGGGGAGGUGACCAACUUCCCGUGGGACCUGCAGAGCUCACGGGGAUCUGAGCGGGGUGUGGGUCAGUCAGGCCCCGGACCCAGGGAGCAGCACCCCAGCCCCUUCCUGGCGCCCCAGUUGUCCCACAUGCAGAGCUCUGCUGAAGAGCAGUCAGAGAGUGAAGACUACUCUGAGGACCAGAGGUUCUACCAGCACAUCCUGCAGAUGUUCAAGCUCUCCAGGCGGCUGGAGGGCCCGGGGCUGCCCGAGAGCACACGGGAGAGCCCACGCAGAGACCUUGCCAGCAUGGUCUGCCACCUGGCAGCCGAGUCUGCCAGGAUGUCUAGUGAGGGCGAGCACGAGGCCAUCAGAGCAACGGGCUCCAGGUUUCUGUCUUGGGGGCCAGAGGUGCGGGAGCGUCCUCAGAAGGUGGCCGGCGCCCUGGCUGAGCAGGAGGCCUCUCAGCAAGCUCGUUUCCAGCCAAGCAGCAGCCCCCUCAGUCAGGGGCUGGUCAAGCUGAGUUCCAGCAGAGGGCUUGCUACAGAGCCAGGCAAGAUGCAGCUUCUCAACCAGGCCCUGGGCUCCCCGUUAGCCCCCGUCCACAUUCCUCUCAGGGGUCUGGCCCCGUUAAGGGGCCUGGUGGAUGCCCUGCCCUCUGCUCUUCGUGGAUCUCAAAGUGUGAGCCUGGGGAGCUCGGUGGAGUCUGGUCAGCUUGGAGAACUCUCACUGCCUUCACAGGGUCUCAAGACUUCUGCAUAUACAAAGGGUCCCCUGGGCUCCAUCCAUGAGGACAAGAAUGCUCUCAGCCUCUUGGCUUUAGGAGAGGAGACCAAUGAGGAGGAUGAGGUGGAGAGUGACAACCAGAGUGUCCGAAGCUCAAGUGAGCUUCUUAAGAACCUGUACCUGGACGUCGGGGCACUGGGGGGUGACUUCGAGUAUGAGGAAUCUCCAAGAACAAGCCGGCCAGAGGAGAAGAAGGAUGUUUCUCUGGAUUCCGAUGCUGCCAGCCCCCCUACUCCUGGCAAGCUCUUCAGCCAAGGUGCAGAUAACAGCCCGAGCAGUGCCGAUGGCCAAGGGCAACAGGGAAGAGGGGCAAGUCGGCUCCCAGAAAAAGAAAAGAAUGAGAAGAAUGAUCCCGGGAUGUCCAGGAGUGUGGCGGACCCCGGGGGUGACCCCGCGGGCGAUCAGCCUGCCAAAGCCAAUACAAAAGAGGCACCAGAGGACCCGGUGGAUGCAAGAGAGGAGGGUUCCGUGACGGAACAGGCAGCAAAGGAGCCGAAGAAGGAGGCUUCCGUCCCAAAAGAGAGCAGAUCAGAGGCGAGCGAAGAGUCAGAGAUCAGUGAACACACGAAGGAACUACAGCCCUCAGACUCCACUGCUUCUGACCCCAAGUCCCUUCUUGGCCUGGACUUUGGUUUCCACAGCCGGAUCUCGGAGCACCUGCUGGAUGUGGACAUGCUGUCCUCUGUCCUGGAUGGAGCCCGCCGGGAGGCCCAGAGGUUGGGAAGAGAAGACAAGGAUGCCAGCCAGUCCAGCCAAGAUGAGCUGCAGAGCAAGAAGUCCAGAGGCUCGGAGAGGUUACCUCCUCCUCUUCUGCCUGGGGAGCGGCUCCAGAGUCCCCUUCACAGCCAGGCCGCGGAUGAAGGGCCUCCGCGGCCCCUGGAGGAGCAGCUGGAACAGAAGGGAGCAGAGGGGCCUGGGGAGGGCUCUGCAGGCAGCCCCACGCCCCCUGGUCCCCCGCAGAGGGAGGAGAUCCCAAGCCCACCUGCCGCCCACGAGCGGGGCGAGGAGCAGUGCUCCCAGGCCGAGGGGCCGGGCCCUGGGCAGGACGAGGCCGAGGGGCCCGAGGAGAAGGUGGCGGUCGGCUCCACCCUGCCCAUCUCUGCAGAAGUAGAGAAGAGGGCAUGCCACGCCAGGUGGGGCCACAUGGGGAAGGACCAGAGUUGGUCAGGAGGCCGAAGAGGCGAGAAGGAAGAGCGUGACCCAGAGCCUUUAUUGGGGUGUUCGUGGGAAGCAGUGGGCGAGACGGGGCAAUCUACAGAGCCUGCGGCUCCCCCAGAGCAGCUCUCAGAGGCUGCACUGAAGGCCUCGGAGGAGGUGGUGGCCCAAGAACUCGAGCGAGGGCAGAGGUGGCUCCUGGAGUCCAAGCAAGAGAAGAUGCAGCGGCUGCAGGAGAAGCUGUGGCAGGAGGAGGAGGCGGAGACCCUGCAGCUUCACCGGCAGAAAGAGAAGGCGGUGCUCAGUUCCCUGACGGAGCAGCUGCAGAGAGCCACCGAGGAAGAGGAGAGCCUGGUGACAGAGAAGGAAGGCCAGAGGCUGUCCCGGCUCUGCGCCCAGGUGCAGUGCAGCGUGGAAUCGGAUGAGGACCAAAUCAGGGCCGAGCACGAGGCUUCCCUGCAGAGGCUGCGAGAACAGCUGGAGUCUCUACAGAAGGCUGAGAGGGCCAGCUUGGAAGAGAGAAACAGGCAGACGCUGGAGCGUCUCAGGGAAGACAUGGAGGCUUCGGAGAAGAGAGAGCAGGCCUCCCUGAACGCGGAGAAGGAGAGGGCCUUGCAGCAGCUGAGGGAGCAGCUGGAAGGGGAGAGGAAAGACGCGGUGGCAGCGCUGGAGAGGGAGCACAGGGCGGAGCUGGAGCGGCUCUCUUCCUCGCUGGAGGCCAAGCACAGGGAGGUGGUCUCCAGCCUCCAGAAGAAGAUGGAGGAAGCUCAUCAGAAAGAGGAGGCCCAGCUGCAGGAGAGCCUUGGGCGGGCAGAGCAGAGAGCUCAUCAGAAAGUUUACCACGUUCUUGAGUAUGAGCAAGAGCUCAGUGGCCUCCUGAGAGAGAAGCGCCAGGAGGUGGAGAGGGAACACGAGAGGAAGAUGGACAAGAUGAAGGAGGAGCAUCAGCGAGUGGUGGCUGAGGCCAGGGAGCAGUAUGAAGCCGAGGAGAGGAAGCAGCGGGCCGAACUCCUGGGGCACCUGACGGGAGAGCUGGAGCGCCUGCGCAGGGCCCACGAGCGGGAGUUGGAGGCAGCGAGGCAGGAGAAGGACCGGCAGCUCGAGGACCUGCGGCGGCGGCCCCGGGAGCAGGAAAGGAAACUCCAAGAUUUAGAGGUGGAGCUUGAAACCAGAACCAAGGACGUCAAGGCCAGAUUGGCUCAGCUGGAUGUCCAGGAGGAGGCCGCCCGGAAGGAGAAGCAGCAGCUCCUCGAUGUGCAGAGGCAGUUUGCGCUGGAGAGCGAGGAAGCCGCAGCCACCCAUCAGCACCUGGAGGAGGCAAAGAAGGAGCACAGCCACCUGCUGGAGUCAAACCGGCAGCUCCGAAGAAUCCUCGAGGAGCUUCAGGCCCGCAAAUUGGAGCUGGAGUCCCAGGUGGAUUUGCUGCAGACCCAGAGUCAGAGGCUGCAGAAGCGUGUCAGUGACCUGGAGGCCAAAGCUCAGAGGAAGCAGGACUCGUUGAAAGAGCUGGCGGUAGAGGAGGGUAAUGCUUCCCCACGUUUUGAGCCUGAUCUCCACAUUGAGAACCUGAGGAAACCCCUUGGGACGAACCAGACUAAAGAGGUAUCCUUUUCCCUCUCCCAGAGCAAGGAGGAGACCGACGUGUCCUUGGACAGCGCCCGGCACUACCUCUCUGCCGAGGGGGUAGCUCUCUGCAGCGCCAAGCAGUUCCUGGUCCGGCAGACGCGCUCCAUGCGGAGGCGGCAGACAGCUCUGAAGGCCGCCCAGCAGCACUGGUGCCACGAGCUGGCCAGCGCUCAGGAGGCGGCCAAAGACCCGCCAGGCACCAAGGCCCUGGAGGACAUGUGCAAGGACCUGGAGGAGGAGACCAGACACCUGGAUGAGAUGAAGUCAGCCAUGCGGAAAGGCCAUGACCUGCUGAAGAAAAAGGAGGAGAAGCUGCAUCAGCUGGAGUCUUCUCUCUGGGACGAGGCUUCAGAUGAAGACACUCUGAGAGGACCCCCCACCAAGAAGGUGGUGACCUUUGACCUCAGCGACCUGGAAGACGAGAGCAGUGACAGUUCCGAAUCCUGCCCCCUGCCUCACAUCGGCCCGACCCCGAGUCCCACUUUCCCCAACAAGAUCCACUACCUGAGCAGCUCCCUGCAGCGGAUCAGCGGCCAGCUCAACGGGGUCCUCAGCGUGCUAGGCAGCCUCAACACCCAGCCUCCGCCGCGUUUCACCUCCACACCCGCACCGCUCCCCACCCAGGCCUCCGGGAGCACCCCCGCUCCCUCCUACCCCUCCCUGGCCCGGGUCUCAGCCUCAUCCCCGGCUCCACCCACGUCCACCCAGUGGGCCUGGGACCCAGUGCUGGGCCCCCGGCUCUCCUCCUCCGUGUCUCAGACCGUGGAUGACUUCCUGGUGGAGAAGUGGCGCAAGUAUUUUCCAACUGGCAUCCCGUUCCUCAGCAGUGGCCCUCCCCCCCUGGAAAACAGGCUGGGGUAUGUGUCUGCCAGUGAGCAGCUCCGCCUCCUGCAGCGUCCCCCCUCCCAAGUCCCCGAGGUGGGCAGCACCAACUUCCAGGACGUGAUCAAGACUCACCGCAAGUGGCUGGAACAUUACAAGAAUGACCCCAGGUCAUGUCUCUUCUCCUCGGUGCCCAAGCCAACGGCUGGUUCCGACCUCCUGCGGCUGGGCCUGGAUGAGAACAACAGACUGAAGGUGUAUCGCUACUGAGGCCCUGAGCCCUGAGCCGGCAGGCAGCCUGGCCUCUCCUGCGUCCAGACCAAGUGUCCGAGUUGCUGCCUGCAACUUUACUCCCUCUGAUGAUGAUAAAGCGUUCUCCCGUCCCCUCUUUGCUGCUUGCCUCACUCAGAACCUAGAGGAACCACGGGGAACCGGUGGCGUUGGGGCAGGGUGGGGGAAGGAUGGUAUGACCAGAAACAGUAAGCCGCCUCCCGAGACCAUGUAACACAUCUCGGGCUGCCCUGUGUGGCUCCUGCGGACUGGCAACACUGACGUGACGUGGCGCGGCGGGGACAGGGGGACCUUCAUGAGAAGGUGGCACUGGAGGAGCUGCCUCCUUCCGAGGCCAGGGGACUCCUUUGGAGCGGAGUUGGUCUCGGACCUGCAGGGCCUGCUUGGCGCGCCCAGGGUCACGUGUGUGGUCCUUAAUUCGCCAGAACAAAGCCCCCCCGGCGUGUCUGUACCCUGGGACCAGGCCCCAUCUCUCUAAUACCUCAGCCAUGUAGAGAUCAGACUUUUUUUUUUUUUUUUUUUUUUUAACGUCCCCUUUCUUUCUUUAGUGUUCUCUCUCCUUUUGACUCUCUCAGUAUUGGGCCCAGAGCCCUGCGGGAGGUGGCUGGAGGCUGGGCCCAGAAGUUUUGCUGCCUGUCUUCCCUCUGCUGGCCCUGGGGCUGACCUCAGGAGCACUCCCUUCCCCUUCCCCAGAGCAUCCCAGCUAGAUUCUCAGGGCUCAAGUACCCAACUAUCAGGAAGCUAACAAGCCAUAGGAAAAGUCCGGGAUGGCUCUGGUCCUCACCUUGCCUUUCUCUUCCCGGACCACCUUGGGUCUACACGUGGGUCAUUUCCAUCUGUCUUUUCCAGCUGUGCCACCGCCCACCCCAUCCCCCUUCCACCCCUCAUCAGAGCUUGGAGACUUGUUCUGAAGGAGGUGAGGGGCCUGGCCUUGGCAGGGAGGGAUCAAGUGCCAGUGGGAGCUGCUGCCAUUCUGGCACAGCGUCCUGCAGCCCCACCUCCCAUCAGUGGGCUCCUCGGGGGACAUGCAGGGGAUGUUCAGCAUCUGCCCAUUGUUUAAACACAAUGCCCCCAUUUUCCUUGUCUUGAAAGCUGUGGGGUUGCCCUUGCAUCUCCAGUGCGUAGAAACCAACUCUCCACAAUCCCACCCUCGUUCCUCUGUCAUGGGGUAAGAAACUAAGAUCCAGUUGGCUUGUCUACCCCCAGACACUUUUUCGGCAUCAGUCCAGGGCAUAAAACAUCCAUUUUGUUAUUUGGUUCAUUCUGUGUGCUUUGGGAAUAGCUCAUACGUUACAACCAACUCUGGUGACAAUCCUGUGUUUUUUUUACAUCAAUUAAAUCGCUGCA